CGGAAGCGGCGCAGGGACCGGCAUGGCGGCGGCUGCAGAGGGUGUCCCGGCCACCCGACGUGAGGAGCCCUCUCGAGACGAUGCCGCGGUGGAGACAGCUGAGGAAGCAAAGGAGCCCGCCGAGGCAGACAUCACUGAGCUCUGCCGGGACAUGUUCUCCAAAAUGGCCACUUACCUGACUGGGGAGCUGACGGCCACCAGUGAAGACUAUAAGCUCCUGGAAAAUAUGAAUAAACUAACCAGCUUGAAGUAUCUUGAAAUGAAAGAUAUUGCUAUAAACAUUAGCAGAAACUUAAAGGACUUAAACCAGAAGUAUGCUGAACUACAGCCUUAUCUGGAUCAGAUCAGUGUAAUUGAGGAGCAGGUAGCAGCUCUUGAGCAGGCAGCCUACAAGUUGGAUGCAUAUUCAAAAAAACUGGAAGCCAAGUACAAGAAGCUGGAGAAACGAUGAAAAACUUAUUUCUAUGGGACAAAGUCUUUUUUAAUGUGGAAGAAUGUUUUAUAAGACCUGAAUCCUGAGGCUGAUGAAUUGUCAAAACUCCUUGCAAGGACACUAUGAUGGUCAUCCCAGGAACAUCCCAACAUUGGAGUAAACUGGAGGACUGUGGCUAUCUGAAUCUCCUUUGAGGCAGUAUUCCUCAGAAACUUACACUUAUAACUCCUUACCUUUUACUUGAAUGCUUCAUUAUCCAUUCAGGACAGAAACUCAAAGUUCAGGAUAAACCUGGGCUUGCCAGUAGAAUCAAAUGAGAGGACUUAUUUUCUCUGGAAGUGGUUGAUUACUACAUUAUUUUCUUAAAUGGCUGGUUUUUGAGUUACUGUGUAAAUGGUUGUUUUUUUCUAUUAAUGAUUCUAAAUUUAAAAAGUAAAACAAAACAAAUUUGUUUUUUGCCAUUAUUACCUUGUGAAUGUCAGUAAUUUACUUCUCCAUAAUAUUGCAAUAACAGAAAAUCUUAAAAUAAUUUCAGUCUGAGUCUUCAGACUGAGCAGAAAUAGUGAAAGGAGUGUUUUUACAGCUUGGUGUCUAGGACGGGCCCCUCUUGUCUCUUUUAUAAGUGAGUCAAAUGUUGGGGGUGGAAUGGGAUCUUGGCAUGUGCUCCCUUUUGGAAAUGUGAUAAAGACAAAGACAAGAUGUGUAUGUGUGCUGGGUGGGGAGGUAGGGGCUGCCACUCAUAAAAUAAAGCGUUUUAUAAACUA